CAUCCUGGCCGUGAUUUAAAACACUACUCCAGGCUAUAUAGUGGGGUGAGAGCAAACACAGGGUUGGAAAGAAAGCUCUCAGUCCCUCACAGCAAACAGAGGCAGUUUCAAGGACUUCAUUCCACAGCUAAAAGACUGUGAUCUCAUUUCGUAGGAAAACAGCAACUUCUCACACGCACAAGCAUGAGAUCCAGGCGGCUGAUCUCCGUGACCCACCUGCCUACAAUCAGUGAGACAGGAGAGAUGCUGUUUGUGGGAGGGAGCCACGCGCAGGCCGAGGAGCCCCUGGCUGGGCUGGAUGAGUAUGUCCAGUCCAUUAGCCAGCUGGCCCAGCCAUCCUCGCUGUCCAGCGGGCUCCCAUGUCCUUGCCAGGGCAGCCAGAACAAGCCUCACAAACUCCAGAGGGCACAGGGGAAAGUGGCCCAGAGCGGGGUCGCACUCCCCAGCCCUGAGAAGGUGCAGGGCAAUGCAGCGUCACUGCAGGACAUCACAGCCCAGUUCAACCAGCAGCACAACCUCCAGGGGCUCACCGGCAGCGCUGACCCGCUAGCCUGGCUCUUCGGAUUCUCAGAAGCAAAGGAGCAGAGUCCGGGCCUGCGGAAACGGGCAAGUCCUUCUUCCCACUCCUCCCAGACGGCCACCGACGCAGGCUGCCCAGCAGCCCCCCAGCAGACAGCCCAGGGGAACCUCAGUGCCACCAGCGAUCCCAGCAGCGCAGCCCGGAAACUGAGCAGCCCAGCUCUGCCUCUGGAACGGAGAUGCCGCUGGCAGCGAACACGCAGACGGCCAGCUCUUCCCAGCUGUGUGGUGAGGGGCAGGCCCAGCCGGGCCCAGAGCGCCCGCCUACCUGUCAUUUAUGAAUUGUGAUGGACUCUAGUAAAACUCACUUGUCAACGGUGCUCCAUGUGGCUGUACUCUAGGGUGGGGGUCACUGCCUGGGUGCGCAGCCCAAGGGCCUGCCUGGAUUAUAUAGGCACACAUCACUCAGCGAACGGCGCCCCAUACCUCUUACCAGCCCCACACCCCUCUGGCCAGGGGCCCAGGCCUGCCCAGCAGCCAGGCUCUGCCAGGGGUCUCCUCACAGCCAAGGGGCACUCCUAGGGCAGGGCACAGGGCAGCCAGUGCUUUCCAGUCAGAUAGAAGGAUGUUGCCCUGAGUGACGGGCACACAGGCCAGCCGGAGCCCUGGGCACAGGCAUUAUCUUGGCUCAGUCCAGCUUUGUGCUGGGGGAUCUCACUCUUCCCGGCUCAACAAAGGGAGAAAGUGGAGCGCAGCGCUCAGCAACUACCACUGUGCAUCUCUGUCCUGACACUGCACCGCUGUCCUGACCCCCUGC